CCAGGCAUCAGUCUUUGUCGUUGCUGCUAGACAAGGACGGUCAGUGCCCCUGUCAGCCUUGUUUGAUGGAUAAGUGUCUUGUCAUUUACAUCCACGAGACUUACGUGCCUCCGUUGUUGGCUAGGCGCCUCACCGAAGCCGUACCUACCUAGCUAUGGACAAAGACGCAGCGCCAACGGCACCGCCUCCCGCCGCCGCACCUCAACCUUCGCCCAAGAGCCCCGACCAAACGGAUGCGGGCCGAACUCAGCCGUCGAUACUUCCAACGUCUCCGUCGGCCGGACCUAGCCAUGUAAAUCACGAUGGGCGCGCCGUGCAUCGUGUCUCCCGAAAGCUCCAAAAGAAGCGCCGCGACGGCGCGCACACACCCACCAUGGAGCUUCCCGAUCGUCUAAAAGACCAUGGUGACCCCGCCGAUGGUGAAGAGGAGGUGUUGCGUCCGCAGGGCUACGGCGGCGGCAUGUUCAUGAACAUGAACCAGAGCAUAUUCGGUCUGAUUGCUGCUGCAGGAAGCCAAGCAGACUUUGCAGACCGCUUUGAGGGACACAGCUCGGAUGAUGACGAAGACACGCAGAGUCCCAUGGCUAAAACUAUUGCCGGACCCAAGGGGUUGCAAGAUGCAUCUGCUCCUUCUGAAACCCUCUCCCAGACCACAGUGCUUCCGCGGCACGGGCGCUUCCGACAUAAGUCAGAUCACCGUCAUCGAAGGAAAUUUUCCGAGAGCCGGCUUCUGCGGUCUGUUCCUGGCCUGGCGCGGCUCAGCGACAAACUCAAGUCCUCCAGAUCGCCCAAAUCACCGCGGUCAGACGAGCACGUGCGCCUGCAGGGCGACGCAACCGACACGGACGUGCCACCUUCCGACCUCGCACCUGCCAUCGAGAUCACUCGGACCGAGACCACGACGGCCCCCGUCAUGAGUAGGAUGCUGGAAGCCCGCGCUCAAAUGGCGGCGCGGCCGAGCUUCGACCUCGAGAGGACGUCGGACCAACUCUCCCGGACGGCUGACGGCUCGGGCGAGCCCGGGCCGACCGAGUUGGCCAAAAAGCUCGCACAGAUCUUCGAGUUCGACAGCGCCGAAGAGGUCAUUCAGGAAUAUCCAUGUUGGCUCCUCCAGCACGUCCUCCUCACCGGGUACAUGUACAUCACGACGCGGCAUAUUGCGUUUUACGCAUACCUGCCCAGGAAGGCGCACGAAGUCGCCAGGUCGGGUUACUUAGCCAAGUGCGGCAAGAGGAACCCCAAAUACAACCGCUACUGGUUCCGCCUCAAGGGUGAUGUUUUGUCUUACUAUCGCGAUCCCCAAGAUCUCUACUUCCCGCAGGGCCAGAUCGAUUUACGGUACGGCAUCUCGGCGACCAUCACCGACAAGGACAAGGAAGGCGUCAACUUCACCGUCGCCACCGAUAACCGCACGUAUUACUUCAGGGCCGAUAGCCCCCAGAGUGCCAAAGAGUGGGUCAAGAGCCUGCAGAGGGUCAUCUUCAGGUCGCACAACGAUGGCGACAGCGUCAAGAUCUCGCUCCCAAUCGAAAACGUCAUUGAUGUCGAAGAGGCACACAUGCUGGACUUUGCCGCUACCUGCAAGAUCCGAGUCAUCGACAACGACGAGACUUACGCCAUUGACGAGUACUUCUUCGCUUUCUUCAGCUUCGGGAAGGAACCUAUCAACCUUCUCAAAAUCCUUGUCGAGGACUCUUCGUCUCAGGCGCAGGGUCCCAGUGACCAAACAGAGCCGAGUGCCGAGUCUUCAAACAGGACAAGCAACAGCGGGAAUCGAGAGCAACUGCCUGGACCUGCGUCCCGGGUCUCAGGCAAGGGUCGUGAAGGCGUCAGGGCCACCCUCUCACCAGUCUCGCCUCUUUGCGGCUCUUCGCCGAGCCCCCGGCCGAGCAUGGACCGCCCGCGCACGAGUUUCGACGCGUUCAAUUCUUUCACCAGACGGAGCAUGGAUGCUAAGGAGAGCGGUCUGAAUCUGGACUCUCCACCGCGCCGCAGUCGCAGCGCCGGCAGGCCGUCUUUCAGCAGAAAACGUGACGGCGGCCACGAGAGGCAGGAGAGCAGUGACUCCUACGUCCAGAGUAUGGGCGAUCCCAGCCACGCGAGCCUGUCGGCAAUGAUGGCUUCGGCCAGUAGCGAAGACCCAUCGGCGAGUCAGAUACUGAAGGACAGCGACGUCUUCCACAGCCCAACCACUCGGCGACCACACGGGAACCGGGAGGCUGAACAUCCAUUAUCCCCAACCGGAGCACGGUCAAAGCAAGCCCGGCGCGACGCUUCCAGGCCUCACACGACGGAAGCGGGAGACGCUGAGGCAAUUGCAACCACGCCGACGCUACAAAGUAUAGCAACAAUGGGAGGCUAUCCCUUUCGCAAGGCAAACGCAUUGAUCGGAUACUUAGACCGCCAUUCCAGGCGCAUGAGCAACCUCCUGGCAACAGAGUCCAUGGGAUACGUUGAGAAGGUAUCGGGCAUGUGGAAGGGUGGGGGGAAACACUAUGAUGAACCGGCCGGUCUUAGGACCGACGAAGAGGAUGCCGGAGAUGACCCUGCCGAUCGGGCCAAUUCGGAAGCCCGAUUCAGGGCUCACUUUGCCCUGCCUGAGAGCGAGAAGCUCCAGGCUGCCUACUUUGGACACAUGAUGCGCGUCCUGCCGCUCUACGGGAAGAUCUACAUCAGCGACCGCCACUUCUGCUUCCGCAGCUUGCUUCCCGGCACGCGCACCAAACUCAUCCUUCCCUUGCGAGAUAUUGAGAACGUUGACAAAGAGAAGGGUUUCCGGUUCGGCUAUGCCGGCCUUGUCGUCGUCAUCCGCGGUCACGAGGAGCUCUUCUUCGAGUUCCACAAGGCAGAAGUUCGCGACGACUGCACCAUCACGAUUCUCCAGAGCCUGGAAGCGAUGCGCUACCUUCCCGAGUCUGACAUCCCGGACGGUGUCGACUCCGAAGAAGCUCAAGCCGCCGUCGCGGAACACGUUGCGCUUCAGAAGGCGCGCAAUGAGGAAUUUGCCGACCACGAUGUCCGGCUCCCUCGCGAAGCGUCCUCCAUCUCAGAAACACCAACCAUUCUCUUUGACGACCCCAAGGCGUCUUUUCUAAACUUCAAGCCCUCCCAGUCGAUGCGAAUCACCUGCCUCACCAUCGGCUCGCGGGGCGACGUGCAGCCGUACAUCGCGCUCUGCAAGCGGCUUCUGGAAGAAGGCCACCGCCCCCGGAUUGCCACGCACGGCGAGUUCAAGGACUGGAUCGAGUCUCACGGGAUCGAGUUUGCCUACGUCGGCGGCGACCCGGCGGAGCUUAUGCAGCUUUGCAUCCAGAACGGCACCUUCACGCUUGGCUUCUUCCGCGAGGCCAAUGCCAAGAUGCGUGAUUGGCUCGACGAGCUGCUCGAGACAGCCUGGAACGCCUGCCAGGGCAGUGACCUGAUUAUUGAGUCGCCCUCCGCCAUGGCCGGUAUCCACAUCGCCGAGGCGCUCGGCGUCCCCUACUUCCGCGCCUUCACCAUGCCCUGGACCCGGACCCGCGCCUACCCGCACGCGUUCAUCAUGCCCGGCCAAAAGAUGGGCGGCGCUUACAAUUACGUGACGUACGUGAUGUUUGAGACAGUAUUUUGGAAGGCGACGGCACACCAGAUCAACCGCUGGCGCAGGCGGUUCCUGGGGUUGCCCAAUACCAGCCUCGAGAAGCUGCAGGUCAACGAAGUCCCGUUCCUGUACAACUUCUCCCCAUACGUUGUGCCUCCGCCGCUGGACUACAGUGACUGGAUCCGUGUCACCGGGUAUUGGUUCCUGGACGAGGGCGACAGGAACUGGGAGCCACCCAAAGAUCUAACCGACUUCAUCGAUAAGGCUCGACGGGACGGCAAGAAGCUGGUGUACGUCGGGUUCGGAUCCAUUCUUGUACCCGACCCCGCCAAGAUGACACAGGAGGUGAUCGAUGCCGUACUUAAGGCGGACGUGCGGUGUAUCCUUAGUAAAGGGUGGAGCGAUCGCUUGCCGACCAGAAAGGACAAGGAAGGGGAACAACAGCAGGGGGGCGCCAAGGUCGGACCACCGGCGGAAGAGAAAAGGCCGGAGCCGGAGCUGCCACCGGAGAUCUUCCAGAUCCAAUCGGUGCCACACGACUGGCUGUUCAGGCAGAUCGACGCCGCGGCGCACCACGGUGGGAGCGGCACCACUGGGGCGAGCCUGCGCGCAGGGAUCCCCACGGUGAUCAGGCCAUUUUUCGGCGACCAGUACUUCUUCGGCACGCGGGUGGAGGACCUUGGUGUCGGCAUCUGCCUCAAGAAGUGGGGCGCGGCGUCGUUUGCGCGUGCGCUGUGGGAGGCGACGCACAGCGAACGCAUGAUCGUCAAGGCGAGAUCGUUGGGUGAGCAGAUCCGCAAGGAAAACGGCGUCGACACGGCCAUCAAAUGCAUAUACCGCGACCUCGAGUACGCUACCGAGCUAAUCCGCGCAAAGACGGGCAAGAACCAGACCCGCCGCCAGGCGGCUGCGUCCGCAGCUGCGGUAGGGACGUCCACCGACGGCUCGGCCUCGGGUGUUGCCGAUGCCGCGGAUCCAUUCGACGACGACGAGGAAGAGAGUUGGACUUUUGUGAGCGGAGAUGCCGAGACCGUGGAUGGCCUCUCGGUGAACAGUCCUCUAAAGAGGACCGUACCCGACCUUCCAUGGGCACUUGGCGGUCUCCCUGUUGCUGGUGGGGCCCCGGGCGAGGCGGGCACGGAGCUCGGCGGAGGAUCGUGAGAGUCGCUUGGUGUUGUACUUGGCCGUUUCUCGUAUGCCUGAACUCCUAUGUUGCGUACUUACUCUUUCACGUUUAGAUUGGGCGUGGGGAACGCAUGCCGUGGUUC